CCAAGGGGCCAAGGGAUGAGCUGGGGCCCUCCUUCCCAAUGGCAUCUCCCCCUGGUCUGGAACUGAAGACACUGAGCAAUGGUCCUCAAGCCCCAAGGAGAUCAGCUCCCCUGGGCCCGAAUGGCCCCAUCCAGGAGGGUGUGGAGAAUGCCUGCUUCUCCUCCAGAGAGGAGCAGACCCAUUUCCAGAACCCUGGGAACACGAGACUGGGCAGCUCACCCAGUCCCUGGGGUGUCUCCUCACUGCCCGAUCAGCGGGAUGAUCUAUCCCUGCAUUCAGAGGAGGGGCCAGGCCUGGAGCCCGUGAGUCGCCCGGUGGAUUAUGGCUUUGUUUCCGCCCUCGUUUUCCUGGUGAGUGGGGAUUCUCUUGUUGGUGACAGCAUCGCCAUCGUGAGCUGAGUCAAUCCGGACACAGUGACAGCCGGGAGAUGGAACGACUAGAAAUGUCUCUACGCCAUCCUAGGCUCCCACUUGGACAAGUGCAUCAUCGCCGGCCUGAGGCUGCUCACGGUGGCGAAAAGCUGUCUUUGUUGUGGUGCUGCUCAUAGUCUCCUGUGCAAGGGCGAGCUGUGCCACGCCGGGAGGACCUUCGUCCCGGCAGGGGCUCCAGGAAGACCUAUGGCUCCCAUUAACCUGCGCAUGAGACAGCUCAAUGGGGAUGGGGGCCAGGCCCUGGUGGAGAAUGAAGUUGUCCAGGUCUCAGAGACUAGCCACACCUAUCCAGAGGAGUCUUAA